AUGGCCCAGUCGGCCGUCAGCUGUUGGCAAGCAGCCUUUGCCCAACUGCCCCCAGAUACCCAAAAGGCCCUCGAUAGCAUCCAGAAAAACAAUCCUACAUCGGGUAGCUCAUCUGCUGAGAUUGACAGCAUCAUCACACUCUCAAAAGCGAAGCAAGCACAAUGUGAAUCGAAACAGUGGGUAGUCAAAAUAGGCUCUCGCCACGUGAAUGUGCGACACGCCUUCUCCAGGAUGGUUGACUGGUUGGAUAAAUUCAAGGCAUUCGGUGAUAUGGCCAUGAAUGUUGACCCAGUCCAUGCUGCGCUACCAUGGGCCGCUUUCCGCUUCAUCCUCCAGUCUUUCAUCACAGAACGAGAACAGAUGGGGUAUAUCGUAGCCAUCAUGGAAGACGCAGCACGUCUAGUACACCAUGGCAGAGUUUUUGAGAGCCUGUAUCUUGAUGCCGGCUCCCGAUUACAAGACCCCAUUGGCCAAGAGCCUCUGAAUGACUUGCGAAACGAUACUGUCGAAUUGUAUAUCGCCAUACUAGAUGGCUUAUCAUUCUGCUGCUCUCAAAUGCAGAAACACACUAUUGUCCGAGUGGGAAGCGCUUUGUUAAAACCUGAAGAUGCCAAGAAAGCAUCAGAGCAGCUCCAUAACCGAUGGCUGAAACUCAAAGAACAAGCACAAAAGUGCGAUAGCUUGCGCAUCCUCCAAAUUUCAGACGAGAUUCAACGCCACCUUCCAGGCGUAUUUUCGACACUUGACAAAAUCCUCGUCAAAAUGCAGAAUCAGGAACGAAUCAAGAUCCUGAAGAGGAUUUCUGCUGCCCCUUACCGAGGUCACCACAUGGAUAUCCAAGAAAGGAGAACCAAGGGUACCGGAGAGUGGAUUCUUAAGAGCAAUGAAUUCCAGCAAUGGCAAGCCUCAGAGACCUCAACCAUCACACUAUUAUACGGUGCACCUGGCGCUGGGAAGACAUUCUUGAUUUCUCGAGUUAUUGAUCAUGUUGAGCAAUCGCCAAAGUUAGAAGGCUUUGCAUAUUUUUACUGCAAAAGGGAUGAUGAGGAGCGAAGCCAGCCAGUCUUCAUACUUCGGAGUUUAGUUCGUCAGCUCUCCUCUACCUUUCAGCGGUCAGAAGAGAUCCAUCAAGAGGUUCAAACCUUGGCCACAAACAUGGAGGAGCGAGCUUUGACUUUCAGUGUUGGUCUAUGCCAGAACAUACUAUCAAAACUCAUAUCAUCCUAUAGGAACACAACUAUCAUUCUGGAUGCACUCGAUGAGUGUAACAUGGACAAAAGAAGCCUCCUAAUGGAUUGUCUUAGCCAAUUAUUAGACCGGCAUUCAAAUAUGAAGAUAUUCAUAUCCAGCCGAAAAGAUGCAGACAUCAUCAGGCAUUUUGAGUCACAACCAAUCAUUGAGAUCCAUGCAACCGAUAAUCAACAUGAUAUUGAAUCAUUUGUCAAAGGGGAGCUUUCUCGGGACAAAAGGUGGGACAGCCUAGAACCAAAACUCAAGGACAAAAUCAUAUCAACCUUAUUCCACAUGAGUCGAGGAAUGUUUCAAUGGGCAACUCUACAGGUACAGCACCUUAGACAAUUGACUUCCUGGAGCGAAAGCCUUAUCGAGGACCGUCUGGGGAAGCUCCCAAAAACUCUUGAAAAGGCCUAUGAUGAGAUCUGGCAUAUGAUUCUCCUUAAAGACGGCAUAGAAUCCCGUUUGGCCAAACGCGCCAUAUGCUGGGUCCUAUGUGCUCCUAGUCCGUUAUCCACAGAAGAGCUCUCAAUUGCUAUUAAAAUUGAGAGCGACGGCUGUGACAGGUUGUUUGAUUUUGAUGGGACGCUUACGGAGAAGGACAUACAUUCCUUGUGUUGCAAUCUACUAAAGCUGGAGAAAGAGGAGGGUAAAUGGCGAUUUUGCCACUUGUCUGCUACGGAAUACAUUGAAAACCGGCUGGCCGAUCAACUUCAGCCAUACAGGAAGACGGCGUUGGCUUGUAUCAAGUAUCUUCUUGCAAUGUGCCAUUGCCAGGCUGGAUGGAAUAUCCAUCUUGACAACUUUAUUACCCAGAAUUGGCCCAAGUUUGUGCAACGACAAGAAAACGCCCAAAAUGCACUGCUCCGCCAACUCCUGUUUCGAUUCUUAGGCUCCCCGCAUGUGAGCAGCAGAGCAUACCGAACUUGGGUAGCCUGGGCGGACAAUUCCUAUUUAUCCUCAUUUCGGUUGCCAUCUUCAUCAAGCCUCUGGGUCAUUUGCGAUUCAGGUCUGACCUGGGUCCUCGAAGAAUGGUGUAAGAAUAAUCACACCGCCAAUGUAAACUUACGCGAUGAGAACAAUCGAUCACUGCUUUUUGUAGCAGCUAUGAGAGGCCAUGACGAGCUUUGCCGCUUUCUUCUUCGCAAAGGCGCGGAUAUCAGGGGGGAAAGCUCGAACCCCCUGAUGACAGCCUGCGUAUAUGGCCAUGAAGCUACGGUUCGGGUCUUAAUCGAAGCAGGUGCUACAAUUAACAAGGUAUACAAUUGGGGAACAGAAGGCAAAACUCCGAUUCAAGUAGCCAUGUUAGUGGGAGAAUAUCCAGCCGUUGUGCGACUGCUCCUAGACCAUCAGGCAGAUGCAAAUCUGAAGGAUCUUGCCGGCUCCACAGCACUUGAUUUUGCAAUUUGGAGAGGACGCAAGGCCAUAAUUCCGCUUCUGCUGCAGCAUGGAGCUAGGCUUGGAAACCUAAGCCUUGCUUUGGCGGGCGCUGCUAAGAACAAUAUGGUCGAUUGGAUUGAGAAGUGCAUUGAUGCGGGUGCUGAUGUAAAUGCUUACUCUGAUGCAAGUGCUUACCCUUAUGUAAAUGCUUACGCUGAUAAGUGCUCGACUGCUCUGAUCAUCGCUUCACUUUGCGGCUCUUUGGAAGCUAUUAAAAGGCUGAUAGAAUUGGGGGCAGAUGUUAACUUGGUCCAAAAGUCAACACUUUUUUUUGGUAAAACUGCUCUGAUUGGUGCAGCUCGAUGUGGAAAGCUUGGCUCCAUUAAGCUCCUGCUCAGCGAAGGUGCCAACCCCAACAUUCACGACCAGGAGACGAGCCCGCUCAUCGAGGCGGCUCGCGAGAAUGACACCACAAUCCACUGCCUAGAAACUCUCCUGGAUGCUGGCGCCAAUGUCAACUGUGUGUCUAGAACCGACGGAGUAACGGCUUUGGUUACGGCUGUGAAGAGCGGCAGGCGAGACAAGGUCAAAACCCUGCUAAGAGCGGGAGCUGAUCCCAACCUUGGCACCAAGAACUUCUCCCCUCUUACGGUCGCUCUUAGCUAUGAGCACGAUAAUAAUGAAAACAACAAAACUAUAGUGCAUGCCCUUUUAGAUGCAGGCGCCGAUCCUAACUACAACAAUGGCUUUUCAAACUGCCUCUGCAUUGCGGCAGCUGGUGAUUCCUCUGAGACACUUUGGCGGCGUUUAAUCGAGCUGGGAGCUGAUCCCACACUUACAUUCAAAGAAGGUCCUGGCAGCGCACUAGCAACUGCGGCACUUCAUGGCAACCGCCGAUUUUGUCGUUUCUUACUAUCUCCAGAACUGGGAGUAGAUUCAAACACCCGGCUACAUGGGUUCUUUGAUAGCGCUUUAUUUGCAGCUAUCAGAGGUGAAGAGGUGGCAGAUGAGGAAUCUAGGUCAACUCAUGAGAGUUCCUAUUGGGAAUCCUCCUCCGAGGAUGAAAGUCAUGAGGAUGAAAGUCAUGGUCAAUUUGAGCAACAAUUUGAUGAAGAUUUCGAAGACAGUUUUAACCAGACACUCAACAACCUAAGCCGCGAUAGACGCAACGAGAUUUUCAACCAGACAGGCGAAAGGCCCUGGGAAUUAUUCGACGAAGGGUCUGAUAAAGAAAGCGAUACCACAGAAGAUACCACAGAAGAUACUAAAGAAGAUGACCUCAGCGUGAUUGAGAUUCUCUUACAGUCUGGCGCCGACAUCCCCAUGCCCAUAUACCACGUUCUGGGCCCCGGUAUUCCUGACCUGCAACUCUGGGGCGGGCAUGAACAACUUGCCAAUACUACACUGCUUGGCUCCGUAUAA